UGUGAAGUUUGGGGCGCAGUUUCGGAGAAAAAAUUAAAUGGCGCUGGGUGGAAUUUCUCGUUGAUUUUCUCUGUGGAAAUUUUCUGUGAAAACCUAACUUGUAGACCCAAAGUGAUGUGUUAUCUGUAAAUUUAUCCUCUAUAUUAGUAUUUUCGCAUUUGAAGAGGAGGCAAGGAGCCAAGUGUCGGUGAAACAUGGACAGGAAGGCGGAGUUGGAGAGAAAGAAGGCCAAGUUGGCCGCUAUGAGGGAGGAGAAGGACCGGCGACGGCGCGAAAAAGAGCAAAAAGACAUGGAGGAAGCGGCCGGAAGACUGGGUUCUGGACAUGAAAAAGACAACAGAAGAGAUUUGGACGAGAUGUUGUCUUCUCUGGGCGUAGCUCCAGUGUCUGAAGUUCUGUCUUCGCUCUCCUCGGUGAAUUCUGCUGCCUCUGACACUUCCGCUACGCACACGCCGGACGGGAGCUUGCAGCCCACCAGCCUCAAUGGCCAGACGGCGAGUCUGAAGAACCGGAAGCCCGUGAACUUGAGCGUGGUGGCGGUGCAGACGACUAACAUCCCGCCGAAGGAAACUGUUGUGUACACGAAGCAGACGCAGACCAACAGUUCCGGAGGACACGAGAGAGAUGUUCUUUCUUGCCACUCCUCACCAUUAUCAGGAUAUAUGGAGGAUUGGUGGCGUCCAAGAAAAGCUCACGCCACUGAUUAUUACGACGAAUACAAUCUAAAUCCCGGUUUAGAGUGGGAGGAUGAAUUUACAGGAGACGAUGAGGAAAGUUCUCUGCCACACAUCGAUCAUGGAUUCCACUCCAAGUUGCCACCCGGAAUUCUGCCCCAUGGACUUCCCAGGGUCGGCGAAGUGGCUCCGGCUGUCACGCCGCAGGAGCAGCAGAAGAAGGAAGUGGAGGAGAAGAAGGAAGUUGUCGAGCUGUCUGAGGAACAGAAGCAGAUGAUAAUUCUCUCUGAGGAGUUCCAGAGAUUUGUACUCAGGAGUGGAAGAAUCAUGGAACGUGCUUUGUCUGAGAGCAUUGACAUCUACAAGGACUACGUGGGAGGAGGCGAUACAGAUGAGUCCACGGAUGAGAAAUCUCAUGCUCGACUCUCGUUGAAUCGCACUUUCUAUUGUGAUCGCUGGUCGAAGAAUCGCUGUGUGACUUCCAUGGAUUGGUCUACUCACUUCCCAGAGCUUCUGGUGGCGUCCUAUCAUAACAAUGAUGAGGGACACAAUGAGCCUGACGGCGUGGUGGCUGUGUGGAAUACCAAGUUCAAGAAGAAGACGCCUGAGGAUGUAUUCCACUGUCAAAGUGCCGUAAUGUCAGCGUGCUUUGCCAAAUUUCAUCCCAAUCUCAUUCUGGGUGGCACAUAUUCUGGUCAAAUUGUCCUGUGGGACAAUCGUGUGCAGAAGAGGACUCCCAUCCAGAGGACACCGCUCAGUGCCACAGCUCACACGCAUCCAGUGUUCUCGCUGUCGAUGGUGGGCUCGCAGAAUGCCCACAAUGUCAUCUCGAUAUCGACGGAUGGGAAGUUGUGCUCCUGGAGCUUGGAUAUGCUCUCUAUGCCGCAGGAUACUCUUGAGCUGACGCACAAGCAGGCGAAGUCUAUCGCUGUGACGUGCAUGGCGUUCCCCAAUGGGGAGAUCAACAACUUUGUCGUGGGCAGUGAGGAUGGAUUCGUGUACUCUGCGUCACGCCAUGGGAAUCGUGCGGGUAUCAGUGAGAUUUACGAGAAGCACCUCGGGCCGGUGACAGGCAUCUCGACGCACUACAACCAGUCGAGUCCAGAUUUUGGCCAUCUGUUCAUCACCUCAUCGAUGGACUGGACGAUAAAGUUGUGGAGUCUGAAGGAGAACAAGCCGUUGUACUCGUUCGAGGAUAAUUCGGAUUAUGUGAUGGACGUGGCGUGGUCUCCAAUUCAUCCGGCUUUGUUUGCCAGCAUCGAUGGGGAUGGGCGACUGGACUUGUGGAAUCUGAAUCAGGACACUGAGGUCCCGACAGCGUCAAUAGUGGUGGACGCUGCUCCGGCCCUCAACAGACUCUCGUGGAGCCCCACCGGACAGCAUGUGACGGUGGGUGAUGUGGAUGGAAGGAUAUAUGUGUACGAUGUGGCUGAGCACGUGGCCAAUCCGCGGAUGGACGAGUGGACCAAAUUUGCGGCGACUCUGAAUGAGUUGCGGAUGAAUCAGCUGGACGAGUUUGAGGAGGCGGACAAGAAGACGCCCAUUCCGCAGAAUCCCUCGAUCACCAUCACGUCAUCCAGUCCGCACAUCUAGAGUUGCCUGAAAACGCUUCCUGCAGUGCUAGCAUAGAAACUAAUAUGUAAUUUAUUCCAUUACUCUACACAGUCACAUUUAACGUUCAAAAUAUUUCAAAAAUAUACUCUGGCAGCAUAGUUGAUAUCUUUUUCC